AUGAAGUUUGCGUCCAACAUCAGCUGUCUCUCCUCUCUGUGUGACACCAUCGGCGCUCGCUCGGUCAAUACAGAUAAAAUGCUGUUCGAUUACUACCACGCUGUCGUUUCAACGGACGAGACACACGUUCGCCGUGACGAUGAAUAUGAUCCUCGUCAAUACAUUUUCUUGCAAGGUUUAUCUUCACCAGCUGUUGCCCUCGGCAUUCUCAUGGUGACCGCCUACCUUUGGUCACAGACAGAUUCAAGUAUUCUAAAGCUCGCAUCAGAAUAUCGAAGGCUGGUCUUGGAGAUUGUGAAAAGGUCAUCUGACCCUGGUGAUAUGAUGUUACUUGCUGUGAUGCUCUGUUCUAUGGAGGUACGUAUUAAUGAUGCUGGACGUAAUGGUAGUCUCUCAGAGUUUCUGACAGGAGACAGCUGGCUUGUGAACGAGGUUGAAGAGGUACUUGGCCAUUGCUUACCAAAUUCCGCCAGUUCAUCAUGGACAUCAACCGAGAAUCUUUCUCUGAUUAUGAAUGAAGAAACACUUGACCAGAUCGACCCUUACUCUGGUCUGAGCAACAGCCUCCUAUUGCUCAUAAAUGAGAUAUCAGACCUUGAACGUGAAGCUCGGUCAUUGGGUCAAGAAGACUCUCUAAGCGCAAAGCUUUUGGCCAAGGCUCAACGUUUGGCCCUCAGCCUCGACAACCUGAAGCAGUUUGUUUCCCCUGGCAUUGAAAUAUCCGAUCCUCAAGUGGCAGAAGACAUGCGCAGUACGGCAGAAGCUGGACGACUUGCCGCCCUAACGUUACUUCACGAAAUGAUGUACAAUUCAUACACUCAAUCUCAGAGCGGAACUACAACUCAAGGGGCAGAGCAAGCAGCUCAAGUCGAAGAGAGGAAGCAGUACAUCGCGAGGAUUCUAGAACUUGUAGGAGACGUGCUGACGCGAUCCACGAGACUGAACGUUUCAUGGCCCUUGUGGGCCCUAUUCAUCGCGGGUAGCAGUGUGGAUGAUGACCAAAUCAGGCUUGUGGUCAUUCGAUUGUUUAAAUUGGCAAUGGAAAAGUCAACACUUGGAGUGAGUGUCCCCUUACAUGAGUCCCAAACCAGGAUGAACUACGAAAUUAGACGAAGUUCCCGUGUCCACCUUUGUGUUAUCAUUACUGUUCCCCUGAGCUGA